GAACGCGUUGUCCUCUUGGGUGCGCUUCAGCAACGUGACCUUGGACUUGCUGGUCAAGCUUCUGCCGAAUCUGGAAAUGCUGGAUUUGUCAGCGUACGCCUUCAACUCGGUCGAUCAGAUGUUGUUCUGGAAAAACAUGCCGUUGCGCCUUCCGGCGUUGAGGUAUGUCGACAUGGACGUCACGCCAGGGCUGCCGCUUCUGGCUCUCUUUCCCGUGUUUUCGCUCCCGAGCAUCGAAUCGAUCGGCCUGCGACGCGCGACGACUACCCCCCUCCGACUUCAAUACAUAGUGACGUGGGCGCCGCGUUGGGCGGGCGUUAGCUCCCAGGUGAAACACCUCCUCUUGGACCAGGUCGAUAUAAAUCGCUUCGAGUGGCACAUCAUCGCGCAUGCCUGCAGGGCGCUCAUAUCAAUCCACGAUUAUGGCCCCUGGGUGGAAGGGCUUGGUAUCCAACAUGGUCUACACAUUCGGCAUAGCCGGCCUUACAGAUGCGAGAUCCGAACACUUCACCCGCCGUGUCUCUUCUACAUCGAAGCGCCCGACGCCAAAGAGGAGAUGGACACUCCGUGGCCGCUGGAGGACAGAGGCGACAGAGGCUAUUUCCGGAUUGUGGGCGUGGGAGCCAGGGAAGCGUGGCGACUUGCGAUUGCGGUUGGGGUGGUUGGGUCGACGCCUUCAGUGCAACAACCGGAUCCGCUGGCGUCUUUCAAGCUUGCGCUCUAUGCCUGUGCUUGGGACGUUGCUGACGAGUUUCCACACGCUGCAGUGCUUACGAUUUGCUUCGAGGAAAUGGAUCUUGACAUGGCUAACGUAAUCACGAAUAUUGUAGGUCUGUGCCUGAAGCUGAGAUUGCACUACUCGCUGCAUCUUUCGCGGCCCCCGCAUUGCAGAGCGGCGUGCUUGGAACAGACGGGUGGAGCUGAGCAGGAAGUCCCCGUUCACCGGAUAGUGGACAUGGCUCGAUUCAGGAAGGAGAAGAGGUGGCUACCGGCAUUCGCGAAGCGCAUGAAGGGGUGGCUCCGCGCUUCUACGAUGCUCCGAAGGUUCCGGCCGAAGCAGUAAUUUCCUCCUAACCAUUAGUCUUCUAGACUCUCUACCCUAGUGUGCCGUAGUGGCAGUGGGGGGUUAUGGGCAGUAGAGCGGUUGGCGGGUUGGUGUUAGUCUUCCAGUGCCGAGUCAAAGGUUUGGACCCGGUUUGCGAGUGAUGGUAUCGAGAGGUUAGCAAGAGAGGCCUUAAGUAAUGGGUCUCUCGAAAUGCGAAGCAAUGAGAUUGAUAUACGG